AGCCGCCCCUUGGGCUGACCCCCAUUUGCCUCUUGUAGACAAAGACAUGCGACACUGUGAGGCCGGCUUCAGCUCUGUGGUGACUCAGGAUGGGGAGCUAGUACUUGGGGCCCCCGGCGGCUACUUUUAUUUAGGUCUCCUGGCUCGGGUUCCAAUUUCGAGUAUCAUCUCUAGUUACCGCCCGGGUACCCUUUUGUGGCCUUUACCCAGUCAGCACUACACCUUCGACUCCGGCAACCCAGCGUACUUCUACAGCUACCAGGGGUACUCGGUGGCCGUGGGCGAGUUCGAUGGGGAUCCGAGCACUACAGAGUACAUAUUGGGUGCCCCCACUUGGAGCUCGACCUUGGGAGCGGUGGAAAUUUUGGACUCCUACUACCAGCGGCUGUACCAGCUUCGUGGAGAGCAGAUGGCUUCGUAUUUCGGGCACUCUGUGGCAGUCACUGAUGUCAAUGGGGAUGGGAGGGAUGACUUACUGGUGGGGGCUCCACUCUAUAUGGAGCACAGGGCAGACGGAAAGCUGGCCGAGGUGGGCCGUGUGUACUUGUUUAUGCAACCUCAGGGCCCCCAUAUUCUGGACAAGCCCACUCACCUGCUGACCGGCACUCAGCUCUAUGGGAGAUUUGGAUCUGCCAUAGCACCCUUGGGUGACCUCAACCGAGAUGGCUAUAAUGAUGUUGCUGUGGCUGCCCCCUAUGGGGGACCCAGUGGUCAGGGCCAAGUGCUGGUGUUCCUGGGUCAGAGUGAGGGGCUGACUCCACGCCCCUCCCAGGUCCUGGACAGCCCCUUCCCCAGAGGCUCUGCCUUUGGCUUCUCCCUUCGUGGUGCUGUAGACAUCGAUGACAAUGGAUACCCAGACCUGAUUGUGGGAGCGUACGGGGUUAGCAAAGUAGCUGUGUACAGAACUCAGCCUGUGGUGCUGGCCACUGUCCAGUUGCUGGUUCAAGACUCCCUGAAUCCCACCCUGAAGAACUGUGUCCUGCAACAGACCCAGACACCAGUCAGCUGCUUCAACAUCCAGAUGUGUGUGGGAGCCACGGGGCACUACAUUCCUCAGAAGCUGGAUCUAAAGGCAGAGCUGCAGCUUGACCUGCAGAAGCCCAGUCAAGGCCGCCGAGUGCUCCUGCUGGAUUCUCAACAGUCGAGCCUCACCCUCAGCCUAAGCCUGGGUGGAAAAAACGGAACUACCUGCCACACCAUCAGGGCCUUCCUUAGAGACGAGGCCGACUUCCGGGACAAGCUGAGCCCUAUUGUGCUAAGCCUCAACGUGUCGCUGCCCCCAGAAGAGACUGGAGUAGACCCUGCUGUGGUGUUGCAUGGAGAAACCCAUGUCCAGGAGCAGACCCGGAUCAUCCUGGACUGUGGGGAAGACGACCUGUGUGUGCCGCAGCUCCAGCUCACAGCUACUGUCGGGGACUCCCCACUUCUAAUUGGUGCUGACAACAUCUUGGAGUUGAAGAUCGAUGCAGCCAAUGAGGGCGAGGGAGCCUAUGAGGCGGAGCUGGCUGUGCACUUGCCUCCAGGUGCCCACUACAUGCGGGCUGUCAGCAAUGUUGAGGGCUUUGAGAGGCUCAUCUGUACCCAGAAGAAGGAGAAUGAGACCAAGGUGACACUGUGCGAGCUGGGCAACCCCAUGAAGAAGGACACCCGGAUUGGAAUCAGAAUGCUGGUGAGCGUGGAGAACCUGGAAGAAGCAGGACACUAUGUGUCCUUCCAGCUUCAGAUCAGGAGCAAGAACAGCCAGAAUCCCAACAGUAAGGUUCUGCUGUUGCCUGUGGCAGUCCAGGCUGAGGCCACAGUAGAGCUUCGAGGGAAUUCCUUCCCUUUGUCCCUGGUGGUGGCGGCAGAAGAAGGCGACAGGGAGCAGGAUGACUCGGACAGCUGGGUCCCCAGGGUGGAACACACCUAUGAGGUCCACAACAAUGGCCCUGGCGCUGUGAAUGACCUCCUCCUCGUCAUCCACUUUCCCAGCCAGUCCCAGGCCUCGGACCUGCUCUACAUUCUGGACGUGAAGCACCAGGGAGGUCUCCUCUGCUCCUCACAGCCAACCCUCAAGCCUCUGAAGCUGGACUGGAGGCUACCCACUCCCAGCCCCUCCCUCCUCCCGGUCCAUCACCAGCGCGAGCGCAGACAGGCGUUCCUGCAGGAACCCAGGCUGCCAGGGCAGCAAGACCCGGUUCUGGUGAGCUGCAACGACUCGGCGCCCUGUACGGUGGUGGAGUGCGAGCUGCGGGAGAUGGCACGUGCAGACCCAGCUGCUUCUGGCCUUGGAGGAGAGGGCCAUUCCUCUCUGGUGGGUGCUGGUGGGAGUGCUGGGCGGCCUGUUGCUGCUCACCCUGCUGGUUUUGGCC